ACCAGUCCUCACACGGUGGUAAGGCGAGCUUAGUUCGUCCAUAAUUGCACCUCAUGCUAUGCUCCAACCUUGGAUGCAGAUGCAAUGCCUUCUUCGGACAAGCCUAUACCAGAGCUGAAAGUGCUUCGUCGCAAGGCUUCAAAUCUCGCGGAUGAGAACGAUUGGCCGCAGUUCGAUGUCCUUGACGCCGAAGUUCGCGACGGCAAUGGCAAGCUUACGAGUCUCUUCCUGGCGAGCCCAGAUAACCAGAUGGCCUUGAUAGGGCAAUUGGUAACAAAACGCGCGAAUCCACAUGUGUUACCUACGCACAAAGGCAAAGCAAGAAUUCCGAUUGCCGUCAACAACAUCACACACUUUGCAUUUGGAGUCUUCGACUCAGGGGCUUACGCCAUCUGGGCUGCUGGAGAAGCUGGCUGGUACACGAUCCAACCCUCAAAAGCAUAUGAAAAUGUUUUCAAAGAGAUGGUUGAAGCUCUGGAUGUUCUCUACUUCCUUGUCGAAGCCCAUGAAGGCCCGAACCGACCGACAUACACGGAUUUGUUCCGCAGUUAUGCCAAAGCCAAGGAUAUUGCAGAGAUCGAGGCGAUGCGAAAAAUCUACUCGCACAAGGCAUUCCUAGCAUCUCGAAUGGUCAAGGGCGAAGAAGGCAUCAAAUGGGGGCAAACCUCAUUCUAUCAGCAUCUACGAAAGAGUUGGCCAGAUUGUUUCCCCCAACGUUCAAAUGCUGCGACAGCUCCUUCGAAGAAACAGUCAAGUACAGCUUCUAUGAAGACAUCCGUCCCACAGACAAGGACAGCUGCAGCACGGGUGCAAAUAAGUGAAAAAAGCUCGAGAUCUCAUUCGAAUGACUUACGAACAAAUCGAGUUGACCCAGCAAAGGAAAAUAUAUCAGCCGCUGCUUCAACAAAGAGAGUAACACGUUCAAAUGAGGCCCUAAAGUUGGCCCAACAGCAACAAGCGUUAGCCCGGCAAUUUCGUCCUCGAAACUUGUCACAGCAAAACCAGAUUGAGUCCCCAUUACUUAGUGAAAUGAAUAAAGCAAGAGCAAGAGAGGUGUGGAAAUUUAUGCAACGGAAAUCUAACGAGACUUUGCCCGAGAUAGCCGAAAUGACAAUUGAGACAUUUGCGCGUUUCCUUUUACAGGAAUACGAAUUUCAGGAUGAAAAGGAGGCGCAGUAUUUCUUGAAGUUUCUGGCUCCCGAUUUGGCAGGCAUGAUGUCAAUACGACGGAAUCGUACUUACGAUCCAUGGACAGAGUUGCCGGUGUAUGAUGAGUUAAUAGAGGCAAAAUUGCCUCCGAGAAUCAAAUCGAGGAUAGCUUGCCUCAAGCUGCAGAAGCGCCAUACGCCGUUGCCAGACCAAGAUGAUGAAACAGAUGUGUCAGAUGAAAGUUCUUCUGAAGAAUCUGUUAUAGAUAAGGAAGAAGCAAGAGACAGAAAACGAGAAGCAGCAAGGCGGAGAAUAUCCGCAUUGCGCCCGAAAAGUGGAGGGCAAUAUUCUGGCAAAGCAGCUAAGAGAAAAGGAAAGGAGAAGGCUACGUCAACAGGUGACGAGGAGGAAGAAAUGUUGGGCGGGAAUGAAUACAUAGAUGAAGAUGCCAUGGAUGUGGAUACACCAUCUAAACGGAAGAGCUUGUCAGAAGACGAGGAUGACGACGAAGAACCAGAGUAUCCCAACAAGCGGUUUACGCGCAGCCAGGGUACCUUGGACCCAGAAUUGGAAGACCUCGAAUUUGCUAUCCAACAAGCGCGUUCCACUGCCAUCCCAAUUCGGCGCAAGUUGUCACGACCCACCGAACCUCCAAGCAGAGAUGGUGAUACAAAUCAUCGCUCUCAAGAUAUUAUCCUUGUUUCCGAACCUGUGCAUUCAACCGACGCCAAUGCACCGGGCGAUGUAUGGAGUUGUCCCUAUGCUGGUUGCAUGCACAAAGUGUACGGUGCGUCUGAGUACGAGAACAAGGACCUUAUUCGAGAACAUCUGCUAGAUCACAAGGAAAGGGAUCGUGUAGAUGUGAUCAGGGAUGAGGAAACCAUGACGAGGUUGCCCGUCAACCAUUUACUCAAGAGAAUUCGUGAGCUUGCCGAGCGUAGUGGCGGAGAGCAGAUAAUGCCGUUAGACGGUGGUCUAAUGGGUCUUUUCCCGCCUAGCUUGAAGAGACAACUAGUCUGAUAGUGUUCGUUUUGCAUAAGACGUUGAGCAAAGAUGACUGAUUUGUAGAACACUCACGUAAACGAAUGUUGAAAAUACCCCUCUAUACGCAUGGCAAUUUCCAGGAAAACGACAAGCUAUUUAGUAACAGCACAAUCAUGAAUUUUUGCUAAUUUCUUAACCUUGAUUGUUGAAAAACAUGGAAGGCAGCUUAUGACGGGAAAAUAUGUCAGGUGACAGAGUUUGUCACAAAAUAUCUCAAGCAGCGUCGUGCAUUUCCUUAUUCACUGCUAUUGCGAAUAUCUUCAGACCAGUAUCACCCCUAGUAUAGUGUCGACUCCGUCCAAAAAAAAAUAUGGCAGAGCAGAACAAGGUGCUAUCGAG